CUCAUCAAAACAUACGCUAAGACCAGCAGAAUGCCAGAAUCCGUUCGAUAUUUUCAGGAUAAUAACCCAAAUUAGUAGUUUCUCUAAUCUGAUAUACAGACGGGUUAUGUUCUUGAAUUUUAACGUAAAGGAAUCACCUGGAUGAUAAUCUGUCCGUCAAGUGGCUGGUGGAGGCCUGCGUGAGUGGAGGAGACAGGAGUAACGUUGAUCACAUACCUAAUUUGUUUCGUGAUAGUGUAAUUACUGACAGCAGCCAGAGCGCGCAACCCUGUGUCUGUCUGUCAUCUCUUGUCACAUAUCGAAGAUGAGCUCGUUUACAGAGGAUUCAUCCGCGGCUGGUCCAGCGGAAUCCAGCGGGGCCCCUGAUGAAGUACUGCAGAGCUUCUUCACCGAGGUGAAAGAGAUUGAGAAGCAGGACAGCAAAUUAACACCCAAACAGCAGAUCGAUCGUCUGUGCCGUCCGGGCUCCACCUACGCCAAUCUCAAUCCCUUCGACGUCCUGCAGGUAACGCCCGAAACGCCCCUGGAUGAGAUUAAGAAGCAGUUCCGUCGAUUGUCCAUUUUAGUCCAUCCCGAUAAGAAUCCCGAUGAUGAUCGUGCGCAGAAAGCUUUCGAUGCGGUGGCGAAGGCUUGGAAGGUUCUGGAAAUCGAAGAAGGAUACAAAAAAUGCAUGGAAAUUGUGGAAGAAGCCAAAGGCCGAACUGACCAGAUGAUUAAGGAGAAGAAGAAGAAACUGAGAAAGGAAGGCAAAUCCGGUGCUGUGGAGGAGGAUGAUCCUGAGAAGUACAAACAUGCCGUCUAUGUGUUGACGAUGAAGCUAUUUGCAGAUCUCGAACGAAAGCGACGAGAGCAGGAAACGAAAAACGCACACGAAAAAAAAAGAAAACAUCUGGAAGAGGAAGAGGCAAAGGAAAAGGAGAAGGAUGAUAAAGAAUGGCAGAAAAAUUUUGAGGCUUCUCGUACUCAGCGUGUGGACAGCUGGCGCACAUUUCAAACCAAAAAGACCACCGGUGAUACCGCUAGACCAACUAAACCGUUAGGCUAUAAGCCGCCAAAGCAUAAAGCCGAACAGCGUGAAGCGAAGCCGAGCUGAUUACAAAAAUGGGUUCUUGUAUCCUGGUGGAUUAUGGAAAGAUCACUGACCGUUUAUUCGACUGGAAAUGCAUGUUUAUUCAUACGUUCUGCUGGUGAAAUCUUUGUACACAAAUACCGUAUGCCGUCUCACUUCACAUUCUAUUUUCAUUUAAGACUGGAAACUGAAGAGUAUUGCACAUUGCGUCAGAUUGUUUUUGUGUCGUUGAAUUCUGCCCAUUUACUGCUACUGCUCUACCAAGUGCUCUGGUUUUGUUUUUUGGAAUGAUACUGUUUACAAAGACCAGAUGCAUAAACGCACUAAACGGUAAAAAAUGCAUGUGAUGCAUGCCUGCUAAUAGCCUGCAUCGAUGUUUACGUAGUAUGUACGGCGUAUGCAUGAUGAUGAUACUGCAUCAAUCCUGCAGAACGCUUCUG